GUUGAAGAAAGGAGACGGUCAUUUGGUAAAAGCACUGCGUUAGUCUUCACCGGUAAACGCCAUCCCGAGACACGGGUAAAGUAGCAAAAUCCUCGCCGACCCAAAAAUAAGUUCUUGCAUGAACAUAGGAAUUUAGGGUUUAACAAAGCUUUUAUGUUCAAAAAUGGAGUCGAUUCGUAGCAUCUUGUUGUGUGUUUUUGUAAUUCUUAUAGUCAAAGACUCGGAAUCAACGCCGCCUCAAGCUUACAGAAGAGAUCCGGGUCAUCCUCAAUGGCACCACAGUGCUUUUCAAGACGUUAAAGAUAGUGUCCGAUCAGAUGUUCAUAGUAUGCUCCAUUCUCGCGCCGAGGUUCCCUUCCAAGUCCCACUUGAAGUGAAUGUAGUCCUGAUUGGUUUCAGUGGAGAUGGAGGUUAUAGAUAUACAAUGGAUUCACAAAAACUGGAAGAGUUUCUGCGAGUGGGCUUUCCAUCUCACAGGCCCUCAUGUCUAGAGACUGGCGAACCCCUUGAUAUUGAGCAUCACAUGGUGUUCAAUGCAUUUCCAGCUGCACAGCCAGAACUGAUAGCACUUGAAAAAGCUCUGAAAGCUGCCAUGGUUCCUGCUGGAACUGCCAGAGAGGCUGAUUUUGGAAGGGAAGUUCCGGCAUUUGAGGUAGACGCAUCAGUUGUGGAGUCAGAAUUUCAGAAGCUUUACGCCUACUUGUUCGACUUUGAGAAUAUGGGAUAUACUGCUGAAGAGAAUGACAGACCUAUGCCAACUGCAAUAUUUAUUGUGAAUUUUGACAAAGUUAGAAUGGAUCCUAGGAAUAAAGAUGUUGAUCUUGAUAGUUUAAUGUAUGAAAAACCUAAUCAGUUAACCGAAGAAGAUUUUAAGAAACAAGAGGGAGGCUACGUAUAUCGGUAUCAUUAUGCUGGAGGGGGUGCAUCUCAAAUAUGGCUUGGGUCUGGCAGGUUUGUUGUAAUUGACAUCUCAGCAGGGCCAUGUACAUACGGAAAAAUUGAAACUGAAGAAGGAAGCGUUAGUUCAAAGACUCUUCCACGCUUGCGGAAUGCGAUGUUUUCUCAAGGCUCAAUUGCUGCUAAGGAUCAUUCUACCACCCAUGAGAACUUUAUUGGCCAGAUUGCUGCUUUGAUUGGCACAACAGUUCAGCAUGUUAUUGCUCCAGAUGUCAGGUUUGAAACUGUAGAUCUUGCAACAAGGUUGCUUAUACCAAUAAUCGUGCUACAAAAUCAUAACCGUUAUAAUAUCAUGGAGAAAGGCAAGAACUACAGUAUAGAUAUUGAAGCCAUUAAGACCGAGGUUAAGAAGAUAGUACACAAAGGAGAAGAAGUAGUGAUUGUGGGUGGUUCACAUUCAUUACAUCUCCAUGAGAAGUUGGCAAUCGCUGUUUCAAAAGCUAUGCGUGGUCAUUCUCUGCAGGAAACAAAGAAGGACGGACGUUUCCAUGUGCAUACAAAGACAUAUCUGGAUGGUGCAAUCCUUAAAGAGGAAAUGGAACGAUCUGCUGAUGUACUAGCCGCUGGUUUACUUGAGGUCUCCGAGCCAUCCCUUUCUGAUAAAUUUUUCCUCCGUCAGCACUGGAUGGAUGACACAGAUGGUGGCAGUGAUUCCAUUUUAAAGCAUAAACCUAUUUGGGCUUAUAACCCUAAAUCUCGAAGGAAGAAAACUAAGACAGUGCAAAAGAGACAAGGGGACCUGCAUCGUACUUACGGAACAAGGGUCGUUCCUGUCUUUGUUCUGUCAUUAGCUGAUGUGGAUCCGCACCUAAUGAUGGACGAUGAAAGCCUUCUGUGGACAAGUAAUGAUGUUGUUAUUGUACUUCAGCAUCAAGGUGAAAAGAUACCUUUAAGUUAUGUCUCAGAAACAGAAAGAAGGCAUGUUGUGCCAUCACAAGUGCAACGUCAUAUAGUGGCUGGACUAGCUGCUGUAGUGGGUGGACUAAGUGCACCAUAUGAGAAAGCUUCUCAUAUUCAUGAAAGACCUGUUAUGAAUUGGCUUUUGGCAGCUGGCUGUCAUCCAUUUGGACCAUUUUCUAAUGCUUCCCGGAUCAGUCAAUUGCUACAAGAUGUUGCAUUGAGAAACACAAUAUAUGCACGUGUAGAUUCUGCUCUUCAUAGGAUUCGAGAGACAUCAGAGUCCGUCCAAGCUUUUGCCGGAGAAUAUCUGAAAACCCCUCUUGGUGAACCAGUGAAGGGCAAAAAGAACAAAACAACCACUGAGCUAUGGUUAGAGAAGUUCUAUAAAAAAGAAACAAACUUGCCUGAGCCUUUUCCGCAUGAACUAGUCGAGCGGCUCGAGAAGUAUUUGGAUGGUCUGGAGGAACAGCUUUUAGACUUAUCUUCACUGUUAUACGAUCAUCGUCUACAAGAUGCAAAUGUGAACAGCUCCGAGAUUCUUCAAAGCUCCAUUUUCACACAGCAGUAUGUGGAGCAUGUACUUGAGUAUGAGAAGGAAAAAAUGAAAUGCUGUGACAUAAAGUACAAGUCGCCAACACAGUCGUCAUCGCAGAGUCUGGUAUAUGCUGGGAUUCUAAUAGCAGGUGUCUUUGUUUAUUUUCUUGUUAUUUUCUUCUCGUCUCCUGUUAGGUAAAGUGCACAACUUUUUCAUCAAUUUGUAAAAUGAAUGUUUCUUCUCUCGCUUUUGGGCUAGACAGCGAGACAUAAUUUGGUUAGCACUAACAGCGAGUCUGAAGCCCACAACCAAAAAACGAAGUUGUAAGACUUGAGAAUAGAAAUGAAAAUAAUUCCUUUUUGUGGUCAAA